GUCGAAUCACGCGGGUUCUCAGUGUUAGCAGGAAGACUUCCGGUAAGCACGGUUCUGGUCCGGUUCUGCUCCGGUAAACACGGUUCUUCUCAGGUUGUCCUCCGGUUGUCCUCCGGUGAGUGAUCUUCAGGCUCGGGACUGAAGCCCGGGGUGUGACGCUGGGCUGAGCCGAGGAGCUGCUCCGGUUCGGCCGUGUGUUACCUGUGUGUGCUGGACAUCAUUAACUGGGGAGGAUGUCUCCAGUGUCAGAAGAGGGGGAAGCAGGAGGAGUGGGACGUCCACUGUCUCUGGAAGACUGUCGCUGUCCUGUCUGUUUGGAGAUCAUCAUCGAACCUGUGACACUGCCUUGUACACACACUCUCUGCAAGGUGUGUUUUCUGGAGACGGUCGAUAAGUCGACGCUAUGCUGUCCGAUGUGCAGGAAGAGAGUUUCAUCGUGGGCCCGUCUGAACAGCAGGAACAACACGUUGGUAGAUCAGCAGCUGUGGCAUCAGAUCCAGAGCAGCUUCCCUCUGCAGUGUGAACGUCGUCUCAAGGGUCAGGAGGACGAGGACGACUCAGGAGUGUUGGUGUGUGCUCCCUCAGUCAGUCGUCCUGGUGAACUCCGACAGGAAUACGAGGAUCAGAUCACGAAGUUGACUGAGGAAAAGCGAGUGAUGGAGGAGGAGGAGAGGAGGGCUAGCGAUGCGUUGAUCCAGAGGCUGUUGGCGGAGGAGGAGGCAGAGCUUCAGGAGGAGAGCAGGAGACGAGCGGACGAUGAGCGACUCGCCAGACUCCUCAGUAACCAAUUGAAUUCUUCGUCCGUCACUCAGGGAAACAUCCCACCUGCUGGUGUGACUCCUCCCACUAACAGACAGAAGGAGGUUGGAUCCAUCGACAGGUUCUUCAGUCCUCUUUCAUCAAAAACAACCUCAGACUGCAGCUCCACCUCCAACAGAAUCGACAACAAGGAGAACGUGCAGCAGCGACUUGAUGAUCAGCUGCUGAAAAACAGACGACCUGCAUCAACUAAGAGGACAAACUCCGACCUGGAGCUAAUGGACGAGGAGGCGUCGACCACCAAACGAGGCUGCCCCUCCUCCUCAUCUCUGGUGGGGGGGGUGGACUCAGAGCUGCUGAGUAGCCAGCAACAGGAGGAGGACGAUAGACGAUUCGCUCUACUACUCCAGAAGGAGUUCGACCAUGAGGAGAAAGUGAGAACCACUGACAGACGCAAAGGUUCGGCUGACGCCUACCCACUCCGCGACAAAGGAGGAAAGGUUGGCAUCACCACGCCCAACAGACCGUCCAGGAAGAUGAUGAAGACCUCCUCGUUCUCGUCCUCAUCCUCUUCCAUGUCGUCCUCCUCCUCUUCCAUGUCCUCGUCCUCCUCCUCCAGCAGGGGGCAGAAACAGACCAGCCUGACUGACAUGUUCUCCAUGAGCAGCUGAAGACUCCUCUCUCUCUCUCUCUCUCUGUCUCUCUCUCUCUCUGACUUUUUCUUAUUUUCAUUGCUUAUAAUAAAGAAAAAUAUCCAGUCACAUGAUUUUGUCA